CCGUCACAUUGUACGUUCGGUAGUGUCAGCACUCAGUACGCAUGCGCGAUUAAUGUCAAGCAGUGAAACGCGUUCUCACGUCGCGUAUAACCUCUAUAUAUAUUCUAUUAAAAUAUAUUUCUAGUUAUUAAAUAAAAAUGGUUGCAUUUACACCGUUAGAAAAAAUUGCGAUAGCGUUAUUGACAUUAUUAUUGUUAUAUAUUGUGAUAAAAAUAUGGAAAGUGUUGUACGUUUUUGUAAUUGGGCCUGCGGUUAAUCGUGUAGACUUCAAAUCACAGGGAAAAUGGGCAAUGGUUACGGGUAGUACAGAUGGAAUCGGAAAGGAGUAUGCUAGACAGUUGGCAGCCCAAGGUUGUGAUAUUAUUCUAGUCAGUCGAUCGCUGGAUAAAUUGAAUACAACGGCAGAAGAAAUUGAGAAAGAUUUCAAAGUACAAACGAAAGUAAUCCAAAUCGAUUUCAGUCAAGGUGGAGAUAUUUAUGGAACUUUAUCCAGUCAAAUUAUGGACCUAGAAAUCGGAGUAUUGGUGAACAAUGUAGGCGUAUCUUACGUUUAUCCGGAGUAUUUCUUGGAACUACCUGACUGGCAAAACCUCAUUUCAAAUCUAGUAAACGUGAACAUCGUAUCGAUGAUUCGCGUUACAGCCCUAGUGUUGCCCGGUAUGGUGAAGAGAGGCAAGGGUAUCGUCAUAAAUAUUGGAUCUGGCUCGUUUCAAUUACCAGCUGCAUUACUUACCGUCUAUGCUGCAUCUAAGGCAUUUGUUGCAAAAUUCUCCGAAGGGCUGACUACAGAAUAUGGUAACAAAGGAAUUACGGUACAGUGUGUAAAUCCUGGAUUCGUUGCUACCAACAUGAGCAAGAUUCGCAGAACCUCAUUCUUCGCUCCCUCGGCGAAAGAUUUCGUCAAAGUGGCACUUAGUUUAGUUGGCACUACUUCUAUGACCAAUGGUUACUUCAGCCAUUCGCUUUUGACCUUUGGAAGCAAUACAAUUAAAUCCAUAUCUGAGGAUCUAAUAAACUGGCUGAGUAAGAGAACAUUGGAGAACAGUCGCAGGAUAAUGAUCAAAAAGUACAAGAAACAGUAAUUUAUAUUCUUUAAAGCUUUGCUCUAUUUCAAAUUGGGUCUACUGUCUGGCGAAUACUCAAUGAUUUUAAAUGAUCAAUGUUUCAUAGUAUUCAUUUGACAAUAGAUCUUUCUUAAUCUUUGCUGUUAAUAGAUGCUACAAUAACUUUUCUUUCCUACUACAUAACACAUGCCAUAAAUCUUAAUACCAAAGAUGUAAAUAAGAGCUAGCGUUAAUUUAGAUCUCUGUAAACAUUAUUGAUAUUUAUACCUACUAUAUAGGUAAAUUUAUUCUUAGAUAAUGUCCUAAUUUCUGAAAAAAGUAUAUCUGUGUAUACAUUGUGUUAUAUAUGUAUAAAAAAAGACAAACACAAUUAAGCUCGAAGUAUCUAACAAACACUUUGGGUUAUAUGAGGAACUACUAUUAAUAUUACUGUUUUUUCGGUUAUGGCAUUUCAUGAAGAUAGUUAUUUUUUUAUUUAUUUAACAUUUAUCUAUCAUGUAAUUGAUAGAAGUGAGUAAUGAAUCGAAUUGUUCAGAAAAAAAGUAACCGCAAGAGGAUAUGCGAUUCGUUAGUCAAAAUAUAGUACGUCCUAUAAUGUUGUAGAUUAAGUAGAUUUCGGAAUUUGCAUAGUUCAAUUUGGUUCCUAAAUAAAAUUUUGGUUUAUAAAUAAUUAGUUUAAUUGUUGUGGAACAACUACAUCAUACGGAUGCCUAUUUUACCAUCAUGAUACAAGAGUUUAUUAAUUGGCAUAUAUUAUCAAAAUUCGCAAUACGAAUACAACAUAGAGGUGUUGUAGAAAUAAAAAAUAUGACCCCCGUUUUCUUUAAGUAAAAUCUAUUGUGAACAAAGAAAUACAUAUAAUACUAUGUUAUAGGUAUGAAUGUAUAAUAUAUACAGUUUGAGUUCUAUAAACAAUAAAAAACCUAUACAAUUGUUUGGUAUCAAAAGAGUUCGAUAAACGACUCAUGCCUAAAGCAGUAACAACGAAUAGUGCAAUAUGGUCAAAACAUCGAGUGAGGUAAAUAGUUGUUGCUAUAAUUAAUCCGUUUGACACGGAUGUCAAACGGUCAAUGUGAUAAAGAAGGCAAUAUCGCGAUAAUUGAAUAAAUUUUUACUUAUUUUUUACUUUAAAAUAUGCUCAUUUCGACAUAACCAAUGCAAACUAUGACACAGAUUAUAGUUUUUAAGAAUUAGGUUAUUAAUAUACUAAAACAAGAAGGUACCUGUAAUAAUUGUAAAUGAUUAGCAUAGGUCUUCCCACCUAUUUGCCAUACAAUCUGUUACUUCAAAGUACUACAUCGUUCAACUUUAACGAAAUGUCAACAAUAUUGACCAAUUAUCUUGGGAUAUAUUGGACUCUCAAAAUUGACGCCAAUAACACGACUGCAUGAUGGAUAAUUGGGUUGUUAAGUUAAAGCAUAUAUGUGUGUACACUACUGUAAAUAUGGGUUUGGGUCUGGAAGAUAUUUUUGUGCAUGAUGAUGAAAUUAGUUACUAAGGAUAUCAUGAUUAUUUCAGUGGUUUCCGUUUAUUGUAAACAACGGGGUGAGUAAUAUGGACUUUUUUAUUAAUAAUUCCC